UAACGAUGACAACGAAUGUGUAUAAAGUAUCAUCAGCAACUAUAAGCAGCAGUUUCUAUAAAAGCUUGUUUUGAUGACAAUAAGUUAAAGUAUUUAACGUUCGAUGACAUUAGCCUGACUGUUCGACCAAAGGCUUUUCAUCUGCUAUGUAACGUAACACAACGACGGAAGCCGGUAAGGCUGACAAAAUGGCGGAAAGUGAAAACAGCAACAGCGUCAAAAAUCUAGCAGAACAUGACGCAGAACCUCCUAAACUAUCCGAUAUGUUAGAUCGUGGAUGGAAGUCAUUUGAAGAGGUAGAUGCUACCAAUGAACCUAUUGGCUCUAGCCAUGUUCAGGUUAAGGUUAAACGUGCUAUACUGAUGCUGGAAGAAGCGUCCAGAAUGGUGGCUCAGCUCGACUUGUUUAGCCGCAACGAGGACCUGGAGGAGAUAUCGACGACAGACUUGAAAUACUUGUUGUUACCAGCAAUUCUAGGGGCUCUGACUAUGAAACAGACGGACCGAGAUAAACGCUUAGAGUUGGUCCAAACGGCUAGGACAUACUUUCGUGAUUUCGUGAGGAGAUGCAAAGAGUACAACGUAUCUGAUUUUGAAUUGCCAAAGUCAAUGACUGAAAACGCAACUCGCGAUGAAGAGUCUGACAGCGAAUGCUCUACAAACAAGCCUUCAUCCUCCAGCCCACUCGACCUGGUUGCCAUGGCAGCUCAGAGACAGGCCAAGAUAGAGCGGUAUCGGCAGAAGAAGGAGACCGAAGCCAGACUAUACGAAGUCAGAAGAGCUGUGGAUGGCGGACAGGCAGAUGAUGAAGUUGUUCGAGACUUCUACCUUCUCACUUUACGAAAAUGGGUCGCUCUGUCAUUGGAGGAACUUGACAGCAUUGACCAGGAGGUGGAGAUUCUGAAGAGGAUGGGUGCCAUGAAGCAGAGUUCAACUCAGCAGCCAUCCCAGUGCAAACAGCCAACCAGGACACCUGUGAAACCUUUCAUCCUCACCAGGGACGCUGUGCAGGCACAGGUAUUUGGGGCUGGCUAUCCUAGUCUCCCCAUCAUGACAGUAGAUGACUGGUACGAACAGCACAGGAAACAAGGAGCCCUGCCUGACCAAGGAAUACCCAAGAGAGUUGCUGUUGAGGAGGACUUUGAUGCAAAGGAGCAUGAGGAAGAAGAGAAGGAGAAAAAGGCUGAAAAUGAUGAUGCAGAGUCCCUGAAGAAAGCCAGAGAUUGGGAUGACUGGAAAGACACUCACCCAAGAGGCUAUGGAAACCGACAGAACAUGGGCUAAACAAUCCCAAACAGCCACAAACAGCAGUUGUGUCAAGAUAGGCUUGGGUUUGAAAUCAUUCAGUUCAUUACAUUUUCAGUUAACUAACCCUGAACAGUACCCUUUUCCCUUUAAAAAUCAUCUGCUGAAAAGCUGAAACGCUUUUGGUAUGAUGUCACAAAGUCAUUGACUAAUAACACAGCUACAUUUUCAGCAAAACUGGUGUUUCUAUUCAUUAUUGAUUGUGGCUAAUUGAGUCAGCUCAAAACAAAAGUAGAAGCUAGAGCUGAUUCACUCUUGCUAGAUUAUUUGUUCUCAGAUAUUUGCUAUAUCAGAUUUCAACCUUGUCUUAUGAAAGGUUUUUUCAGUAAGUUGUAAUGAACAUUAUUUGUUGGUUGCAUUGAACUGAACCCUGAUACUGUACAAUCUGGUCUGUUGUAUUUGCUUCCGAAUUCUCUCAUUUCAAAAUAUUAAAAAGAAACUGAUCAAAUUAUAUGGCGUGCACAUGAAAGGAUGGCCUUUUUAAAAAAAAUUAGCACGGUGUUAUUCCAAAUAAAGUGAUAUUACAUUUGA